CCCAGUAACACCAAACAAAUAUGGCUUCUUCAGAAUCAUCUGACAGUCGAACAAAUAGUUUAAAUACAACAAGUAGCCAUAAUGAUGAUGCAUUGACCCACAAUGAAUUAAAAGGAUGGUUACUUAAACGAUCAAAAAUAUCCCGAAAGUGGAGGAAACAAUGGUUUCUUCUGAAAAACACAGAUUUGUUAUAUGGUGACACACCCGAGAAUGCAUCAAAAAGAAUAGCACUGAAUGAUGCUGAAAUUUCUGAAUCUAAUAUAGAUAAGAAAGAUCAUACAUUCAGGAUAAAAUCGAAAGACAGUAACAGGACAUUUUAUAUGCAAGCUGAUAGUGAGAAUACACAGCAUGAAUGGAUGCAGGCCAUUUGCUUUGCUAAGGCUGCUGGCAGGGAUGGAGACAACUCUCAAGCCUGUGUUAUUCAAUAGAAGACUGUCAGUUGAGGAUAUCAAUUUACAGUCAUAUUUUAUAAUGAUAUUAUUACCAAAAUGUUCUUACAUUGUAUAUAAGCAGACACAAAAGAAAAAUUCACAGAAGAAGAUUAAAGAAAGGGAUUUGGAAUGCAUUUUCAUAUGUUUGCAUAUAAAUACAUAUGCAUUCAAGUACUUGUGUACUCAUUUUUCAUUUGUAUAUAAAUGAAUCCUUGGUUUCUGGUUUAAAUUUCAUUCUUGAAUUUAUACUGAACAAGAUGUAUUGUUGGUAUCUUUAUAAAACAUUCUGCUUUUCCCCCUUUAAUUUGUGUUGAGAAUUCUGUUAUAUUUUUUUAUUACUCAAAGUUUUUCUUAAAACAUAGACAUCUUUGAUUUUUUUAAAUGAAUGAAGUUUAACAAAUUGAGAACCUAGGGAUUUAUUUAUGUAUUCCUAUGUAUACAAUGUAUAUAUAAUUUAUAAGUUAGAUUUCUUUAACAUUCCGUUGAGAUGAUCAUACCUGUUCUUACACAUUUCCUUUUGUUUUAAUGCUGAUGCUAUGCUUAGAUAUGCAUGUAUAUCAUACUUGUCCUGUCUAGUAAUAGAAACAAACAGUUAAAUAGGCAAGUCAUGUUUUUUAUUCCUGCUGAUUUUUAUUAUGUACCAGUAAAGUAUUGUUAUACUCCAUUAUCAUUUAUCCCUUCUUUUAUUGUCUCC